AUGCCCCCUAUAAGAGUGUUUAGUCCUCAAGAUCUGGAACAUGAAACGCUGAAGGAGCUUGAACUUGUCGUUGAACGCAUCUUUUCCCCGUCUGUCCAUGUGAAAAGCAUCGGUCUACUAGAGGGCCAUCUCCAUUCGAUCCAGGUCCUCACUCUCUCCAAUGGCAGCCGGAUCCUUCUGAAGCAGCCACCAAAGCCGACCACCCCUCUGUUGCGGCGCGAACAGGUCCUGCUAGAAACAGAAGCUCGAGCUCUCGCACUCCUCGAGAAAAGCGCAAUUCCACACGUUCCGUCACUGCUCCUUUACGACCGUCGGGGCAGUCUGCUGGGGUCUCCUCUGGUUGUACGACAAUAUACCCCGGGGGAGACACUUCGGGAUUUAGAGGCUGGCCUCAGUAUCCAAAAUCGCCAGGACCUCGACAGAAGCCUGGGUUCGCUAGCGAGUCAGAUCGGAGGGCACGUGGCGGAUUCGUUCGGCUUCCUGGAUGAAGUCGCCCGUGGGUUAGGCAAAAAGUCGUGGCGAGAGGUGUUUGUUGCCCUUGUUGAGAAUAUCAUUCGCGACUCGGAAGAUGUCUUCGUCAAUAUUCCCUACACAGAGAUCAGGCAACACGUCCGUCGUCUAUCGCCGGCUCUUGACGAAGUAACGGUACCACGGCUUGUGGUCAUGGACCUUGGUCGACCAUCACAGGUACUAUUAGAUCCGGAGACGAAGCAAUUCUCGGGGAUUAUAGACUUUGGGAACACACUUUGGGGGGACAUUCUCAUGACUGAAAUAUUCGAGGGCCCCUCAUCCGCAGUAUUAGAUGGGUUUGGGAGGCAGCCGAUCAAAAGUGAAUCGGAAAGGACUCGACAACUACUAUAUGCCUGCUAUCGCUCUGUGUGUCGAAUCAUCACGGAGUAUUAUCGACAUCGCAAUGUGACUGCCGAGAUUGACUCCCGACGACAACUGACGACGAUAUUGGCAAAAUUAUCUACAAUCAAAAGCCCCUGA